UGAUUACAAACGGUUGCGUUACUUCGUAUAACUCGCGGUAACGUGUUCAUGCAUCCUCAACUAGUAAAUCGAAUCUAAGUAAUUAUGAAAGAAUCUUGUACAACAAAGGAUACAGUCAAAUAUAAAACUAACCAGACAACCAAAAAACACCACUUCUCCUCUUAGAUACCUAUAAGAAGAAUCUUUCUUAUCAGCACUCAAUUUCAAGUCCGAUAAAUUUGCUAUCAAAAAUGCUAAAAAGAGUUGUUUUACAACAUCGAAGUGUGUAAGCUAACCUCAGUGACCUUGAAACAACAUUUUUGUAGGAAUCAGUUUUGUUCGUUUGAUACCGCUAACGGUUGGUGAGUGUUUUAUCCAUAAGCUGUAUGGUCGAAAAUAGCGUCUAUCUAUGUGAGAAAUUCACACAAGCCUGAUAAAUAGAGUCUCGACACAUGUUAACAUUUUAUCGCAGAGAAAUGAUUGACUAUCGCCUAUCAAAUAAUUGUACUCAACUAAAUUUAGUCAAGAACUUUACUUUCUCUAUUUAAGUAAAGAUUUGUAAACGUCAUCCAACAGUACGUCAUGUUAAAAUAUAUAAUAUCGUCAAUGGUUUUACCAUAAGUCAGCUUUGAACAUAUAGACUAAAACGUGGGCGAGACUCUAAUUUAAAGACGAGCCAAUCAGAAGCGUUUGAACAAUUUCAAUUAUUAGUCAAUCAGAAGACAGCAUAAAGUAAAAAUAUAUUGAAAGAAAGUAAUAAAUUACAGUGGAUAUUCUUCUUUAACAUGAUUUAAAAACUCGUAUGUUAGCAUCCUAACCCUAACCCUCACCUAACCCUAACCCUAACCCUCACCUAACUCUAACCCUAAACCCUAACCCCAAACCUUAACCCUCAACUAACCCUAAACCCUCACCUAACCCCAACCCUAACUAACCCUAACCUUAACCCUAAACCCUCAACUAACCCUAAACUCUAACCUUUACCCUAAACCCUCACCUAACCAUAAGCCUCAACCCUCAACUAACCCUAACCUUACACGUAAACGUGUCCACGAUUAUAAUGCUCUAUAUUAUGUAAGCAACGUUUAUCAAAUUUAAAUGACUGUAUUGAUUGCAUUCGCAGUUGGAUUGCUGUUCCAUGUUGGUUUGUCAUCUCGUUCAACUGAAACUUAAUUGUUAGUUUCACACAUUGUGGAUUAGUUGUUCAUACGAAAGCAUCUGAAAUAUCAAACGAAUAACAAUAUAAAUUAUGCUCUCUUUACUAGUUUGUAUCUUGUGGGAGGAAGAUCAUUGAGCGGAUGCCUUGAUAUUGUUCUCAGCUACAUGUUGAUCAAUUUUCGAAAGGUUGAUGGUAGUGUAAGCCAGUAGAUGUGUACUUUUGUGGUAAUUAACGCCGUGUCAAACGAACAACAAUAUAAAUUAUGCUUUCUUCACUGGUUUGUAUCAUGUGAAAGAAAAAAACGUUAACAUAAGCAGUUAACAUUUAUUUCCGUUAAUUAAAUCACUGGACAGAUAUGUUGUAGGGCCAGCGAAAUGUCACUAAGCCAUAGCCAAAUCAUCCGGCAGUUGGGUCACUGGAUAUCGAGCAAAUCGUCGAUCCUCGUCAAGGUCAGUGACAACCAACGCUCAUCAGUUAAUCGUGUACCAUGGACUAGCCCAUGCGGCAGUGGUCUCACUUUCGCUUAUAUCUACUUUAACUAAUAUAUUUCUGUAACAACGUCCUCUGUGUUGUACAGUCUUCAAAUCAUCUAUGGUACCUUGGUAUGUUAAUGGGGUAGUCCACGUAAGGUGCUGACCAUGAGGUGUGACUUCGAUGUUAGCUAGUUUGUCACACCAUUCACGUCUAACUCGAGUAGGCCUGCAAUCAUUUUCGACAUAGAUCGUCUACGUUGGUGAUCUACAAUGUUUCACGCGUUGGAUACACGUAUACUGAUUCAAUUGAAGUCUUCAGUAAUAAGGAUAGUAGGUUGGUGAACCUGUGUUAAUCCUGACACAUUGCCUUCCAGUGAAGGUGUAGCUUCUCCUUGAAAAUAUUCACUGAUGAGGCUGAUACCACUUGUUCGGGUAAGGUGUUGCAGUCAUUGACCACUCGAUGAGAAUAACGGAACACCACUUUAAGUCUAUGAGAUCGUGGUUUAUGAACCUUCUUGCUAUGACCUCGGAGAUUAUUAGUGCUGAGGGGAGCGAAAAAAUUAGACAUAUUAACACCCAAAUCAUAAUUCAAGAUACGAAAUGCCAGUAUAAGGUCACCUCGCGUCCUACGAUACGACAAGGGGAAAAGUUAAGGUGUUUUAAACGCUCAUUGUAGGGGAGUUUAGAAAGACCCUUCACUAAUUUCGUUCCCACACACUAGGCACACUCGAGUGAGUUAGUAUCCUUUACCAGACACGGGCUAGCUGCUUGGAUACAGCACUCUAAAUGUGGUCUCACAUAUAUGGGAUAUAAAAUUCGAAACGUUUCCUCGUCAAAAGAUUUGAACGCUCGGCGAAGUGACCAUAACGCACGAAAACCUUUGACAGCGGCUGCUUUGCAAUGCGUAGUUGUUUUUAAAUCAUGACUUAAUACUACUCCUAAGUCUUCAUGUUCUUGAACGCAUGGAAGAGGUUUACCGUCAAUAGUAUAAUGGUAACUAUUACCGUGGCCGAUAUGCAUUAGCACACUCUUCUUAGCAUUGAUUUGUAAGCCCCACUCACGAGCCCAUCUUACCAAAUCGUCUGAGUCAGCUUGAAGAUCCAGAUGAUCAGCCGCACUUUUUGUUGUUCUCCAGAUUUUAACGUCAACCGCAAACAACAAUGUCGAAAACCUAAGUAACAGCGGUAACUCAUUAACGUAGAGAAGGAAGAGCAGAGGGUCUAAGAUGGUGCCUUGGGGUACAGCACUUUUGACCGACUUUCAAUCAGAUAGCGUUCCGUUGACCCUCACUCUCUGUCUGCGGUCACAUAAGAAGUUUCCUAUCCACUCCUGUACAGUGCCUUUAUUCCGAAGUUCGUGAGCUUUUGCAUAAGACCUAAGUGUGAAAACUUGUCGAAUGCUUUGCUAAAAUCUAUGAAUGUCACAUCGACAGAGAGAUAUUUAUCUAAGGCUGCUGUUCAAUCCUCCCUCACAAUAAGUAAGUUGGUUAAGCGUGAACGCUUGUUACGAAAUCCGUGUUGCUCAGGAGCUAACAGAUUGUGUGAAUCUACGUGGCUUAGCAACCUAACCCGAAUUAACUUUUCAAGUAACUUAACGACAAUGCUAGUUAGACUAACAGGCUGGUAGUUAGAUACUAUCUGUCGCUGACCGUCCUUAAAUAUAGGACUGACUGUAACGUCUUUACAAUCUCUAAGGAGUUGAGCGAGUGAAAGGGACAUGUUGAAGAGUGUCCUGAGCGGUUUUGAAAUAAUGUCCGCCAGAGAUGACAUCGGCCGUGGAUGUAACUCGUCAGAGCCCGGUGUCUUACCAGGUUUGAGGUUAGUUAUCAAUGGAAGGACAGUUUCCUCAGUCACCUGUUAGAUCCUGCAUAUUAACUACUGGCGUCUUAAGAUUAGUUUUUAUUGUAACAGAGUAAUGGGAGUCGAGCGAGUGACUCACAACAAUGUUUGACGAGGCUUUACUUUGGGACUUUCGUGGAGUAGUCUGUGAGUCCACCAAGGACUUAUCAAGUAAAUGGGCAUUCGUUGUGGCUAUCUUCCCUACUCUUCUGCGUUUCCGAUCAAAACAGUUAAUUUAACUUGACGAGAAACAAUACCUCUGUCCUUUUGAAUAGCGCAAGCUGUCAACGUGCUACUUAAUCAAAUCAAUUUAUUUAUUUAUCCGAAUCGCCAAACGCUUCCUCACCGCCAUUUCGGGUGCCUAACGUGUUCACGUAAGUGCAAAAAUGAAUCAGGAGCGUAAUUUAUCAGUCUAGCUCAGUUGUUCGUGAGAGACUUGAUCACUCAUUCAUUAGUUAUAAUCGUUUAUAAAUAGCACAGCAUAGUCUAAUUAAUAGCUCAAAUGCAUAAAUCAGUCUGUUUAUCUAGAAUUACUUUCCAUUUUAUCUGUGUUUGUCUAUAACACAACGGCUUGGAAGGGAUUAUUAGAUCAUAGAUUACUAGUAGCUACGCGGGAGGAUUUCGUUCUUGUUAUGAAAAUUGAGCUGAAAAUAAGUGUAUCAUGUCAACGAUAUUCACACUGAAAUCAAAGUCAAGUAACGACCACUCUAUGAACAGCUUGUCAUUUACAGAAUCAUGGGCAAAACGCUUGCCAGGAAUUUCAAUACAAGUCACUAUUAAAAAUUCGACAACUUAAUAUUAUUCAAUUUAAUCAUUAAGUGCGUUUUCUAUUUGAACAUCCGGAAGAUACAAGUGUUUAUUCACAGUUGUCUACGCAAAAUACUUUGGAUCCGUUGGCCAGACACUAUUAACAACAACCUACAAUGGGAGAGAACAAACCAGAUCCCAGCGGAGGAAUAAUUCAGGAAGAAGCGCUGAAAGUGGAUCGGAAACACAUUGUGAAAAGCACCCAACUGCGUCACAAGACAAGCCCUCACGUGGACUUCUCAAGGUCAAAGGAAAAGAGGAAGACCAAAGAACACAGUACGCCGGGAAAUGGAAAUAAACAUGAGUAAAAUGAACAAGAAUUGGAUGGAACUGGAAGAGAAGGCCCAGGACAGAGUGGGUUGGAGAAUGCUUGUCGGCGGCCUAUGCUCCAUUAGGAGUAACGGGCGUAAGUAAGUAAGUAAUUUGAACAUCUUACAUUCUUUCAAUUCAGUUCAAAGGGAAACAUAACAUAAAUGUCUUAGUGGUAAAUAAUCAUCACAUCACUGAAUAUUUGUUAUUAACCUUAGAAAAUCACUGUUGUACGUACGUUCAGUUUGUUUCAGCACAGCUAAUUACAAAAAUGACUGACCUUACCAGUCCAAAGUCAGUAACCAAAUAUGGUUGUACCAAAAGAGCAGACAAACUUCAUCAGUAUAUAUGUGACCAUUCACUACGUCUGUCUGAAGCACAAAAGUGGUUAUUACAAAAGACCAGUAAACAUCCACUGUCAAUUAUGCUUAUCUCCAGCAUAGAAAUUCAACUUCUAUCAAAUUUGUGUUAUGCGAUAAAUGCUAGAAAGACACUUGAUGUUGGUAAGUACGAGGUUUAUGUGGGUUUGUUUACAAGCAUAAAUAUACAUACAUUCUAUGUUCCUCAUUGCUUCUCGAACAAGUUCACAGCUGUCAUGGAGAAAGUGAAAUGUACUAGAUCGUAUUUAACUAAUCAUUUAAAUUGACUGCAUAGGUAGAUAUGAGUAGAAAUUUUAUGAACAGAAUGUGGCUAUUAUGUCUAACUUCGUUUCAUAGUUUAUGGCAACAUUAAAUGAGUCAGCGUUAAAACCAUCCGUCUGUUAUUUGAAGAACAUUGUUCAUUAUCUCUACCAUUUGAAGACGAUUAAGGAGAUUGGAUGCUCUAUUCCAUCAUUCGUCUUUCUCCAGUGAAUAUUACAUUUCAGAGUGGUUGUGGUACUCGUGUAUGUAAAAAUUAUGUAUGGAGAGACAGAUAUGGAAAGAAGAGAAGUUUGAAGAGGAGAGACAUAGAGUCACUCAUUACUGACUUGUUAUCAGUGUCUAUUUGGAUAGAGUUGAAUGACUGAGCGAAUUAUCUUGAAACGACUAUGUUGAUACCAUAUAUCAACAACAUAUUCGUAGUUGACUUGUAUAUUGGUCUGGGAGUGGAAACUGGAACACUGAUCUCAUUGCAUUUUAGACCCAUCAGCUGGAUGCAUCUGCAUGGUGUAAUUAAUAUUCGCAUGGAAAUUCGAAGCAAGUACUUUUCGUUUCGAGCACCAACACAUGAUCUACUGAUGUAUUGAGUUCAAAUAGUCAGUAGAUUGUUCAACGGUUGUGAAUUUUAUUUUGAAAUAGUUUUCAUUUAGCCGUUGUUGAUGUUGAGUGUUGUAAUUGAUCAGUCUGGUUUGCAACCGUAUCGUCAUUCAGUCACCGAUUCUAAGUAGAGUUGGAUGAUGACUGGUAGUGGAUUCCGAGAUGUGUGCAUCGUCCUACAUAAGCGUAGUCAAUCUCUUGAGAGAAAAGAUUGUUAUGUCAAAGUGUGGAAAAUCGAACGUUGUAUUAUUUACAUAAAUAAGUAAUGAGUAUUGUGAAACGUGUAACGCAGUGGUGAGUAGUGCAUGAACCUGUCUCCACAUAAACCCAUUCUAUUGUAUACUGAAGGCGAAUGUGGAAGUAUUAAGAUGAACUGAAUAUGCAAACAAUGACUGCCUGUCCUGAAACUGUGAACUUUCCUUCCAUCACAGGCUUGUUGACUAUGAAUACGUGCAUUGUCUAUCGCGGAAGUAUUGCCAUCAGAUGGGCGUGUAUUAACCAUGGAAAUAACAGAUGAAUAUUUGAAAGACUAUUGUUUGCCAGCAUGGAAGAAAGCAGGUAUAGAAUCGAAAGUUGAUUUCCAACUCGGUCCAGCUGUUGAUACUCUACAAAAUUUGAUUGAUAAUGGAGAGAGUGAAACAUUCGAUUUUGCCCUGAUCGAUGCUGAUAAAGAAAACUAUAGUAAUUAUUAUGAACUAUGUUUAAAACUAGUUCGACCUCGUGGAAUAAUCGCCAUUGAUAAUGUUCUAUGGAAUCAGCGUGUGCUCGACGAGAAUGAUAACAGUCCUGGAACUAUCGGUAUAAGAGAAAUGAAUGCAUUUAUAGCUAGAGAUAACUCUGUUCGGAUUUCUCUCUUAAGAACUGGAGAUGGAUUGACGAUUGUUGUGAAGAAAUAAUUCAUGUUAUGACUGUUUUCAGAAUGGUUACAUCCAUACAGACACACAUAUAUUUGAUUGAUAAACCGAAUUGCUUUGAUUGCUAUCUCACAUAAAUAAAUAUUCCCCAUUACUAUGUUGUCAUUUUCAAUCAUCACUGCAUAUGUAUGUUGUUGUAAUAAAACAUUUCUCUGAAGGGUUUCUGUAUAUUACAUACCGUUUCAAUCAUUUUGUAAUUGGCACCAAACAUGUCCGAAUCUCUCAAGUAUGAGGACAUGUGUGGGAUUGUGGGGUUCUCCUUGUAGUCUGUGGAAACAUGAAGGGAUGUAGUGACUAACUACAGGUCAGUGGAUACUUGGGGCAUUUUAGUCGGAUUUUUCCCGAGUAAAUCUCUAAAAUUUCUAAUAUGACUUUCCUGAAUUUGACGAAAGUUUCCUCAAAUUUGGAUAAUUGGGAUGAUGUGAUGGAAACAAAUUAAGCUUGCUGUUUUCAAAAUGGUCGAUAUUCAGCAUAAUCCAUAAACUUUGUAUACAAUUCGUCCUGGUAAUCGUCAUUAGAUAAUUCCCCCAACGGUGUAUUAAUCAGAAGGUGAAUACGAAGCAAGCAUGAAAGAGUAAUGUCGAAAAUCUAGAGAGCAAGCGAG